CAACAACAACAACAACAACGACGACGACGACGACGAAGAGGAGGAUGCAGAUGGCGGCCGGAUGACGUUAUCACCCACUCGUCUAACGCCGCCGCCGCCGCCGUUAUCAUCGCAGCGUUUUGACCGCCAUUCGACGACGACGACGAACAUCCAAACUAACAACUACUCCGCAGUACGAUAUACUCUCGCCCGGACGACAGCGCGCCAACCGCCACUCGCCAGUCGGCGUCCGACACCACUCAUACUAUUGGUACCUAUCCUCUGUAUCCUGUGCCAGUGCAGUGUGCACGACCGCCCGAGCAGUCGCCGCCGCGAUAUGACGUCCUGCGACCGCAGUUGUUAGUUGGCCGCCGUUUGUUUGUUUGUCUACACACGCCCUCGAACUGGGACGACGACGACGCCGCCGACUCUUACGCAAUCGUGCACCGACGGUUUGAACUGCGUUCGCCAUGGCCGACGACGAGGAGGUUGUCGCUAAAUCUGAAGAAUCUCAAUCAACAAAUGAAAAUAUUGAUAAAAUUGAAGAUAAUGAGCCACCACUUGUUGAUGAUUUAAGUAAAGACAAAGAUUAUGAACAAGUAGACGAAGCUGAUGAUGAAACAACAAUGGAAGAAGAAGAGGCACUUCCAGAAUUGGAGGAUCCUUUAAGAGAAAUACGAUUUUUAGAAGAAGAAAGUAAUAUGCCUAUUCAUGAACUUAUGGUUAUGUAUGGAUAUUCAAAAAAAACUUCUCCUGAACCCAGUACAAAAAAGAAAAAGAAAAAGAAGAAGAAAAGUUCGUCAAAGAAAAGUAGUAAAGAUAAAAAAAGAAAGAAAAAGCUUUCAACUUCUUCUGAUGGCGUUGCAGAGAAAAAAUCUAAAUCAACUGAUCGGCAAAGAUUUGUAGAAGGAAACACUGGUGAUUCGUCGAAUAAAAUGUCAGAAGGAACAUUAAAAGAAAAUGGAAGUGUUAAGGAUGGUGAAGACUGUAGUAAUGCAUCUCAGUUAUUAAAUUUAUAUAUGGCAGAACUUGACCAAGUACAAAGUGAAGAUGAAGAUGAAGACUAUAGGCCCUAUUGGGAACUUCAUUGGAAGAGUGUUAAUGUUGGGUUAAAUUUUCAAGCUCUAGUAACAGAUGGGUUAUCUACGUACGGUGAUGUAUUACCUUAUGAAAACAAUGAUGAACUUUUAUGGGAUCCGAAUGUGUUGGGUGAAGAUUUAAUCGAAGAUUAUUUGACAAAAAUUCAGCAAAUUACAAAGGCAUUAAAGCCAAAAUCUAAAGUUGUUGGUAUUCGUGAUAAUGAAAAGGCACUUUACUUGUUAGUCCAGUGUGGUCAUGAUGUUGCUGAAGCUCUCAGAAGAAUGUCAUUAAAUGUAAUACCAUUGGAGAAAUCAUUAAGUGUCUGGUCAGAAGAUGAAACAUUGAAGUUUGAGAUGGGACUACUGAUUAGUGGAAAGAAUUUUCAUGCCAUACAAAAAGAGGUUAAAACUAGAUCAGUAGCAGAGUUGGUUCAUUUUUACUAUUUUUGGAAAAAGAGUGAUAGACAUGAUCAAUUUGAAAGAAAACAAGUUUCAAUGCGUCCAGAAUUGAAGCAGUGGCAACAUUGGGAUUCCGAAGAAGAUCAAGAUAGCGAUUUUGAAACAAGUAUGUUUGCAGAUAAUAGUCAUGAUGAUAGUGAAGAUAGCUUGAACGCUGCUGAAAAUAAAGCGCAAAUGAAAUGCUUAAUAUAUGCUGAUCGCAAAAGACAAAUUGAGAAUUAAUAAAUCAUCAAAAAUUGUGUUAUAUCGUCAAAUUUAAUACAAUGUAAUAGUUCUUCAUUGUAACAUAAUGCCUGACACUCGGAAACCGUUUGAGAUAUCCACAGAUAAUGCAUAAUUACCCAUUCAAGUUACAUUUGGAAAUAGAUACUUCAAUAAUAGUUACUUCUCAAAUAUCAGACUAACUUAAAGUUUUCACCACAAUAUUAAAUUUCAGCCAUGGUGACACAGGUUUGCAUAAAAUACAAAGUUGAUCUUAGAGGAUUAUAUAACUAACAUAUAUAUAUAUAUAUAGUAUCUUAAAUAUUAAAUUAAUAUUUAAAGUUUAAGUUAGAAAUUUAGUAAAAAAAUAACUAAGGAUAUGAAGUUAUAAUAGUUAAGUGGUAUUUAAAAAUGUAUUUUAACCCAUAUGCUGACCUAAAUUUAAACAAUUAAAAUAAACUAUGCAUUCAUAUAUAAAUAUUUAUAAAAUUUCGGACAAAGAGAAGACUGAAUUUAAAUAGUUUAUUUAUAAAAUGUUAUUCAAGUAUUUAAAAUAUUCUGAACAGCUAUACAUAAAAUAACUAAAAUUUCUUACUACAUUCUUUUGUCUAAGCUAUUAUAUUAUUACAUAAUUUAUAAUAAGUUAAUUAUGAUUUGAGUUCCUUCAAAGUUUACAAUAAAAACAAAUAUAUAUAUAUAUAUAUAUAUUUGUUUUAAUUACAAUUAAAUCAAAUAUUUUACAUCUUAUUAAAAAAUAUAUGUUCUCAACCUUUUUUUCAUUAACUUAAAUCCAGAAAUAUAGCGAUACAUUUAACACAAUAAAUUUUCAAAGAAAAAAAUAAAUCUUUGCACAUAAAUUAUUAUUUUUACACUUGAUCAUUGAAUUAAAUAUAUAUGUUUAUAUAUAGAUAUUUUUCAUUAAAUAAUAUUAAAAUAAACUGAUAAAAACAUUUUUGGUGGCAUACAUCACAGCACUACACAAUACACCGGUUGAGAACCAACGUACUUAAUCUAUACAUAAAGUAGAUUAAGUAUGUUUUAAAUUAUUUACUUUACUUUUAUUUAUUUUUUAUUUAUUUAUUGAAAAAAUUGUUUACGAGAUCUAAUAACACUCAAUAAUUAAUAUUUAUUUUUAAUUUAAAGAUCUGAUCUUUAAUUUGAAUAUAUUAUUCAUUUCUAUACCUAUAAAGUCCCUACUAGAAAAGUAUGAAUGUAUACUCAUUGAGAUUAUAAAAUAGUUUUACAUAAAUGUUUUGCUAUAUAAUGAUAAAUUUAAUUUAAUAUUCCUAUUUGAUUUAAUUUUUAUUAAUAUUAUUGGUUUCGACAUUCCUCUUUUUUUUAACUUAAUUAAUACUAUGUACUUAUUGAUUAGUAUAUAGUGAAAUGUAUUUAUUUUUAUGUGCGAAAUAUUAUUGAAAAUGUAAUAUUUAUAAGUGCAUAGUAUUUAUAUUAAGUAAUCAUAUUUACCAACUAAAAUUAAUAGUUCACAAUAACAAAGUUAUUGUAUAAGUCAUGGCAUAUAAAUUCAAAUUUUCCUAUCUUAAAUUUAUAUGCUUAACUUUAAAUGUGAUCUGAAUAAAAAUAUUUUGAAAAUAUUGUUCUUUAACAUCUCUGUUUAACCUCUUCUAUAAAUUUAACAUUCAUUAAAAAAAAAUUGACUAAGAUAUCUAUGAAAUUAAUAUAACUUAACUGUAUUUUGAGUGUAAAUCGUAGUCAUUAAAAAAAAAAUAUAUAUCUAUAAAAACAUUUUGUGUAACAAUUAUAAUGCUUAUUGUAAAAAUAUACUUGUUUAUACCAUAAACCAAAAUAAACAAAAUAUUUAUAAAAUACUAGGCAUAAAGUAAAAGAUUUACAAUACUUAAAUGGCUUGUAAUUUAGCAAUUCCUAAUUAUUUUAGGAGCUAUUGAGUCCAUACUAAGUAAUUUAAUAUAUAUAUUGCUUUUUUAAAAAUGCCAUUAAAACUUUUAAAUCAUAAAUAGCUUUAAAAAAUGGGUCUAAAUGAUAAGGAUAUUUAGACCACAAAUUUUUAAAAACCUAUUUUAAAAUAACAGUUUUAAGUUUUAUUUAUUUCUAUUAUGUAAGUACCUCCGCUUAAUAUAUUGUAUGAGUUUUAUUCUCAAUUUUUAAAAAGAAAUAUAAAAAUUAGUUACACUGAAAUUAUAUUUAUCAUGCCAAAAAAUAAAAAAUAUAAUAAUAAAUAAUAUUUUCAGCAUUAUAUUUAAAAUUCUAGGAUUUACUUGCCAUUUAAUUAUUUUGAUGGCAAUGUAAUUAUAUUAAACUAAAAUAUUGGUGUUAUGUUACGAACUACUUAAUCUGUGUAUUAGUUAUAUCAUCUUUACAUCUAAUCAUUAUUUAUAGAUAUCUGUAUUAAAUAUUAUAUAAUUACAGUUGUAAUUAUGAUUACUACAUAUACAGAUAUAAGUGGAAAAUAUAAUUUAGUUUAAAGUUUCUAGAAAUUAUACUAAAUGUGGUUUAUGUAUGUUGCCUUUAUUAUUAAUUUUUAAUAUAUUUUAGUCAUAAAUUGUAUUCAAACAGACUUGACAAAUAUUUUUUUUUACCAGUUUAAAUAUAUAUAUAUUUAUAUAUUUAUAUGUCUCACAAAUUAAGAAUUAAUUAAGGACACAUUUUUAUAUCAUGUUUUAUUUUAUAAUCAUACCUAAUGAAUAAUAUUUAAUACUUAACGUUCAUCGAUCACAUAUAGUUAAAUAUUUUUAUUGGCAGAAAUAACAUUUUAAACUAACUAAUUCUAAAUAGUAUUUUUAACAAUAUCACAAAUGUAAACAAUUUUACUUUAACUGUUUCAAAAAUUUAACUGUUGAUAAUUUGAAGAUGCAUAGAAUUCAUAAAUACUUCAAACUGUUCAGUUAUAUAAUUUAUUAUUGUUAUAUGUAACUAUGUAAGAUUCCAUAAUUCACCAAUAAAGCGAGUACUUCAAGACAUAUUUUAAAACUUAAUAUGCCACUUUAUAUUUAUAUCUAUACUCUUUUGGUUUUGACUGCAGUUUAAUAUCUAAAAUUUAAAAAAAGCCAAGUUUAAUAAUUAAUCUUAAUUUGUGAUGACAAUUUUAUUAUUGUUCUGUAUGGCGUAUAAAUGUUAAAAUAAUUAGUAUUUUGAAUAUAUAAAAUACAUGUAAAUAAUAAUUAUAUUUGUAAGUUUUAAAAUCAAUUAUUUAAGUGAUUAUAAUAAGUGUUACUCAUUUAAGUUUUAAAAUGCUGUUUAUUAUGUAUCAUUUUAUUCACUGACAAUCCUGGUUGAGUAAUAAAAGUCAGGCCAAUUAUAUAGUUUAGUAUUUAUAACAUCAAUAGUAAAACUACAUAAUAUUAUGGAUUGAUAAUAUUAAUGUUUUAAGUGUUAGCUAAAUUGACAAUUUGUACCAACCAAUAUCGUGUAUGGAUAUAAUAUGUACAAAUGGAUUUCAAUUGAGCUAAUUUUACUGAUGUAAUUAUAAUAGAUUUAUACUGUAUUUAUAAUCAAAAGUGUUGUUGUUUAACUUAAAUUUUAUGCAUAUGUUUCAUGAAAUAAUUUUAUUCCCAUCAUAACAUUUUUUAAAUUAAUUUAAUAUGAAAACUACCUAUCUAGUUAUUUAAAAAAAACACUGAAUGAUUAGUACCUGCUAUAUGUUCCUUUUUUUCUACUCAUCAGUAAUUGUUAAUAUUUCACUGUACAUGCAUUGAUUUAAUUGUUGAAUUUUUAUUAAGUAUUGUUUUAUGUUAUACUUAUUAAAAUAAACAUUGUAAAAAUACUGAAAAUUCAACCCUAUCAUGUAUGUAUAAGUUUUUACUGUACUAAAGAUGGAUAAUCUUCAGUAUAUACACCAGAUACAAUUUAAAAUACUAAAUUCAUUCAAUUUUUAAUCAAAUUUUAUUGUAUAAUAAAAUACUUUUUUUUUCAUACUAAGAAAAAAUAAAAUAUCAAUCAUUCCAGAUAUUUAUGAUGUACCUACCUCAUCAAUUAAUUUUUUUUUUUUUAAUGUUACAUCUGAUAAUAUGUUUAAAAACAGUUUAGAUGAAGUCAAAUUAUUUAUUGAGUAUUUUAUCUUCCUAAACUUGUCUUGCCGUCCGUAUAACUGAAUGAUUGAUAUUUUGCAAUGUGUAUGUUUAUUUUUAUUGCAGAGUAAUAUUGUAUUUACUAAGCUCUGCCACUUACUCGUAUGCUACUAAAGUAAUUAUUCAAUAUCUAUUUUAUAUAUACAUAUACAGACAUUAUGUUUAUUAUUUAUUUGUGUCUAUUUUAUUUAGAAAUUACAUGUUUAAAUAUUAAUAAUAUUAUGAUUAUAUUUUAAUGCCAUAGAUAAUACCAAUGAAUAAUUGAAUUAUUUAAUAAUAUUAAUAAUUAAUCUAUUAAAUUGUUUUCAGUAACAAAGUGUACAUGGUUUUUUUAACAAAAAACUGAUUUUAUUUUGUGGAGUAUACUAAAAUAUAUGUUUGUAAACUCCCAAUUUAAUAUUUUACUAUUUACUUUAAAUUAUAAAUGUCAUUUGUAUUUGAUGUUAAAUUUCAGAUAUAGAAUUAUAUUAUAAUUACAAAUGCUAUUAAUUAUUUCUUA